UUAGACUGUUGGUAAGUCUCGUGAAGGACGUACGGGUCCGCAACAGUCUAAACGUUCAUGUAGUCCGAGCAAGGUGCUGCCUAACAUCAUGGCGCGAAGGGUAGCAAUUGUUUAUUUAAAUUGUUUAAUAAUUUGUGCAACGACCACAGCUCUUGUUUCGGCCUUAACCAUCAACCAAGCUACGACAAAACCUCGUUACACUAAGUUCAGCGCUUCGACUACAGAGGGCAUCGGUCCACUAGCCACUCCCGUUUCCAGCGUUGCUCAGAGCAAAAAUGAUGAUUCUGGUGUGGCGUAUUACCGGCUAUUCCACAGCAAAACGGGUGCCACCUGUAUUUUACUCAAGACUGAUGCUGUAGUCGAGGUAGUGUUUAAACUACACGAUUUGGAUGAACAAGCGGAUUCGUUCAUUCCCGAAAAAGCGUUAAUUGAAGGAGACUGCAAAAAUGAAGACUAUGCUUUCAUGAGAAUUUCCUGGACAGGAUAUAGCUUAGUUAUUAAUUUUGCAAAGACCCCUGGCGGCGAACGAUGGUAUAUAAGUAGUUUGGGCCUUAGCGUUAGUCCAGAUUUACCCCAAUUUCAUGGUAUUCCCAUCCAAAGGAAAUCUUCUAUCAAAUUGUACCAUCGCCAAAUGCUGAUUCCCACCACAGUAGGCAAGUCGUACUCAUGCAGCGAAUUGGAAGUGCCCUUAGAAACGGACGAAGAAGACAACCCACCGCCUGGUUUGAGAGGUACUUUAUAUUUGAGACUGCUCCAAGUGCAGCCUUUCAUGUACAAGAGCGAGGAAUUCGAACCAGCUCGUGAAUGCAAACCUCAGAUGUUAUAUAGGGAUGAAACAGCUCCAAUUGCAGUGGGAUCUACAUUAGCAGUAGCUGUUCUGCUAACGAUUUCUGGAUAUGGAGUCUAUAGAUAUUUCAAAGUAAAAAAUGUCCAAUAUAAUACAAUGGAGUAAGAUGAUUUGACGAAUCGUUGCAUCAUUGAAAAGGUUUUAAAUAUUGAAAAAAAAAAAAUGUACAUUGAAAAUAACAAUUAUAAAGAAUGUUUUUGAAACGAUCAUUUUACUACUCACAUAUCACAGAAAAAUACUACAUAUUUCACAAAGCAAUAUUUUUAAAAAAUAGUUAGGCACAUAAUUUUUUAUCAAGAUUUUGUGAAAUAAAUGAAUUCAUAUCGUAGAAAUAUCUAUCAAUAAAAGUGUAAAAAAGUCUUAUUGACUAUAUUUUAUUACAUGCCAUUAUUAUUCAUGUUUAACACCUUUUCAGUAUGUCAAAUUCUAGAAUAGGUACCUAGUGCCAUCAAAUAUACAACUAGGAAAAUGUUUUUUUUUUUAUUAAUUUCCAUAAUUCUAAAAUAAAAUCAAAAUGACUUAAUUAUAAGUACACAACAUAUUUCAGAUAGGUACAUAUUAUGUCAUAUCAUGUUUUUCGAAAAAGUACUUUUACAGGGUGAAUUACGAGCAAACUGUAUAUACUUUCGUAUACCAGAUGAUCAUUAAAAAGUGUCAACAAAAUAUUAUUUACCAUAUAAACUUUUACUAUGUAUACGGCCUUUUUAAACUAGCUAGAUUGUCCAAUGCAGUAAGUACCUACUUAUUUUAAAUUAAAGAUUUUCAUUCAAUAGUUAUUUAUUUCUAUGCCCUGUAUUCGUAGAUUGUUUAUAUUAUUUAAAAAAAAAUCCGCUAGAAAUUAAGCCUGUUUUUGCCGAAUUUUUAAUAUUUACCCAAAUUUACAAGGUGAGUCAAAAUAUUUUGGGAGGUGAUAGAAGAAAGAAAAUUGAGGCAAGUUUGCUAUAAAAAUUAAAGUCCGAAAUAAUUUGAAAUAAGGGGGAUAAAGCCAUUCAAAGGGGCAAAUAAAGCCAUUCAAUCGAACCAGAGCAAACUAUCAACUCCAAAUUUCUUGGAAAAAUAAAAAGUUUUAUAUCAUUUGAUUUAAUAGUAAUACAGAAAAAAAAUUAGAGGAGUAGUUUAAAGUAGGUUACCUAUUCUUACCUCUAUUCUUAAUAAUUGUAUCUUUCCAGAAAAAUUGUUUAAGAAAAAUAAAUUUCUAUUGUAUUCUUGUUUAAACGCGAUAGAGUGAACCUUUUUUGAAUAAUCUGAUUUUUAAAAUAUAUUUGCAGACUAGAAAAUUCGUAACAUGAUAACAGCAUUGCAAAAUGCAAAAUCUCAAGUAUGAUCAUAAACGAAUCUUCUACAUAAAAUCUUAAUAAUUAAAUUAUAAUAUUAAACUACAACAAAUGUUCAAAAUGUCCUCCAUUUUGUUCAAUACAUAGGUUUAGUCGUCGUCUCAGAGAAAGCAUAAUUCAGUUUAAAAUAUAGUCAUUGUACGGGAAAUAAUCUGACCGUACAGGAAAUACCAAGUAUGUAUAUAAAAGACUUUUAUACGACUUGACUUUUAUUAACUGACAUAUAAUAUUUUUUUCUAAAUCUAUAUACAAGGUGACAACAUCAACAACUACUAAAAAAUAAAUGUAUAAAACUUAACAGUCAUUGUUCAUUAACGCUGCAGUUCACUCAUUUACUAGCCGCUUUCUCAAUUCUACUAAAUUAUUAAUUUAUGAAUUAUAGACCCUAGACUUUAAAUAUACCCACACAGUAAAGUCCAGUGGAUUUAACUCUGGCGACCGAGCAGGACAGUGAACAAGUGCACCUUUGCCCCUGCCUAUCCAUCUGGUAGGAAAAUUUUGAUGUAACCACAAGCUGGCAGCCCUUGUAAAAUGGGGCAGAGCCCCAUUAUGCAUAAAUAUCUUUUCAUUCCCCAUUUGUAAAGGUACAUCUUCUGGUUCUCUCUAAAAAAUGUUUCCAAAUUGUCCGGUAAAAUAAAAAAAUCCAAGGAAUUUAUUACUCUUUGUCAUUGCCCAAACAUUGAUUUUAAAUGUAUGUUGAUAAUGGUAUUCUUGCACAACAAAAGGAUUUUCUUCAGCAUCAAAAUGGGAGCUGUGCGGAUUGAAACCUUGCCUUGUAAAUGUGGGCUCAUCGGUGAAAAGGAUUUGGUUUUCUCUAACAUUGCCUGGCAAAACUCAUUUCUGAUUGGUAAAUUGUCAGAAAGAAGUUCUUGAACUUUUCGAAAGUGAAAACCAUGCAAAGACUAUUCACGCAAUACUCUACUCACUGUAGAUUGCGAAUUAUCUGACCUAAAGACUAUUUGUCAACAAUGUUUAAAGUUUUUUCUUCUACCUCUACUGUUCUGGCAAUUAGUGGUCGACUUGUAUUAUUUUUUACUUCUAGUUUUCCUGUUUCCCUAAGUCGCCUUUCAACGUUAAGAACUGUCCUUAAAUUUGGUACAUUUCUAAGAGGAAAUUUUUCUGCAUAUCUUCUGACUUCAGCAUUAGCAUUUCCCAGACAAUCACCCAUCAUAAGUAGCAUGUCGGUAUACUCGUCAAAUGUGUUGUACAUGUCUUAACAAAAAUAAUACUAGCACGAAUAACAUAUCGUAUUGUCACUUUUACUUGAACAAUAUUGUGACAUUCCCUAGCUUAUUAGAUAGUUUAUAUUGCAACAAUACAUGGCAAACUUUUAAUGUUAUUUAAGAUAUUAUGAAUAAGUUACAUUUUAAAGGUUAACUUAUUCAAAAACGGUUCACUCUAUCGCGUUUAGACAAGAAUACCUUUUUUUGUAGGAAAAACUAUGAAAAUUUGUUUUUCUUCAACAAUUUUUCUGAAAAGAUAAAAUAGGAGUUAGAAUACCCAAUCCACCCCCUUAAACUACCCCUCUAAAAAUAUAUUUUUCUUUUGUGUUAUCAUUAAAUGAAAUAACAUAAAACUUUUAAUUUCUCCAAGAAAUUCGGAGUUGAUAGUUUGUUGCGGUUGAAAGUUGGUUUUUCCAUUCCCCCUUUGAAUUGCUUUAUCUCCCUUAUUUAAAAGUUUCGAACAUUAGUUUAUAUAGCAAACUGACCUUAAUUUUUAUUGUUCUAUCACCUCCUAAAACAUCUGUAUUCCUUUUUGACUCGAUGAUUAUAAGAAAAUGUUAAAUAUCCGCAAUGAAAGAACGUUUAAAUCAAAAGCUCGUUAGGUAAUUUGUUUAGCUUUAUCUUUACGUAUCAGUGUCACUUUUACUGCCUAGGCAAUAAAAAUGAUUGCAAAUGUCCAUAAUUAAGAAUAAAUUCCCAGAAAUGUUUUGCGAUAAUCAGGCUCAAACUCAGUAAAUCAUGAACGUUUUUAAGUUGAAGCGAAAUUAAAGAUUUGGAGUAAAAGUGUUUUUGCUUCACCAAAGUUUAUCAAAAAUUUUACUGGAUAAUAAAACUUCACUAAAACUAACAAAAAUGUGAAUGAAGUACAAAAUUUUGAUUGCAUUUUUAUGGAAAUCGAUUUUAGAAUACUGUAUACAGAGCGAAAUGUUAGAUAGGAACUUUAUUGUUAAUUUUUUAUAACUUUUGAGUUUUUUUUUUUUAAUUGAGGGCGGGCGCUAUAUAUUUUCACAUUUUCAGAAGAAUUCGGUUAAAUUUUGGAUUUAACUGUUUAUCACCGAAUACUGCUGUGAAAUUAAAUAAUAUUUAACCAUAUUCAAGGUUCUAAAAUGUAUAACUAUUUUAUGUAUAGAGGAUGGCUGGCCAAACAACAUUUUUGAAUAUUCAUAAUUUCAAGUGUACUUUUUUUGAAAAUAAGGAAUUUGACCACGUUUUUAUAAGUGUAUAUACACCCUUAAAAUUAACUAAAAAUGAAAGAAAUUUUGAGCAACUUUUCUGAAUUUAGAAAUUAUUAGUUAUCCCCCCCACUUUUAAUGUCAUAAGAAAAACUGUGUACUGUAUACGAUUGGUUACGAUUUGACGUGACACAAUUUACAACCUAACACAAGAGUAUGGCUAAAUAUUAAUUCAUAUUCAUUUUAUUUCACAAAUGUAUACGCUGGCAAACAACCGUGAGAAUUCAAAAAUGUUUUUAAAUGAAAAUUUUUACUUUAAAUCCCAAAUUUUGCCAUGAAUAAUUAUUUCUGAAAAGGUUAAAAUGUAAAGUGAUCUCCACUAAAUACAAUUAGAUUGAUUUGAAUUUUUUUGGGAUGUUCAUUUUUGAAUAUAUGUUUACAUCAUAUCAUAGCUCUACAUCCCUAAUAUCCAUUUUUUAAUUUAAAUCUAUAACUAUUAUGGAAUACCGCACCAUACUGUGUACACCAUAUAAGUAUGUGAAUCACCCUGUCAUUAUGUAAAGAAAAAAUCUAUCAUUAUGAAUUGUAUUUGUAGAUAUUUUAAUACAAUUUUUUACUAAGCCAUAUAUUAAUUAUUGUUAAAAAUGAUAUCCAAUUCUAACAAAUUGACUAAAAAUAUUGUUUUUUAGUCUGAUAGGUUUUAGAAAACUGUAUUUUUAAAAUCCUACUGUUCCAAGUGUUUUGAGAAAAUUGUAUACAUUUUUAACUUAAUUUAUAAGCAUAACUUAUUUAAUACACUUAUUAAUAUCGACGUUUACAAAAUGUUUGUGUGAUAUACGCAAUACGCAUUAGUAUUCGAGGGUCAUACUAACGUUUUUCAAUAUAAUAAAAUUGUAUUACGCAUUAUUCAAUUAUUACGAAAGCGCCUCGUUUUUAAUUACUCGAUGUUCGUCAGCAUUAUUAUAGUUAUAAUGAACAAUAAAUCAACUAUAAAGAGAAACAAAAAUUGAAAAUCCCCUGUCAUUAUGAUUCCUAUUAAAUAUAAUAUCUUCUUAAUGUUAAAUACAUGUUUAAAAUAACUCAACUAAUAUUAAAUUAAAUAAUAAACCCAUAACGACGACACUGGCUCUUCUCACUUACUAUCUUUAGUCGAUAGUCUUUGAAUUCAUUGAUACCGAGUCCAGUUCGUUCAUAUCGGUUCAUUUCAAGAAGCUAGAGAAAGAUAAUGAAUUGAAUUACUAUAUUCUGAUACAGUGCAGAUGAAUUCGGUUUAAAAUUUUAUAGCAAAUGCGCAUGCCUGGAAUCUUUAAUUUCUGGGGUGUGACGCCCUGUUACAAAAAAAUUGCAAGUUACAUAGCGUUGUUGAUACUGCAAUAGCUCGUAUGUUAAAAAUACACUUCCGGGGAGUGGGUGGCUCAGUGGUAGAGUCUCUGUCUGUGGAUCCAAGGGUCCCAGGUUCGAAUCCCACCGUUGGCCGGAAUUUUUUUAUUUAAUUUCAUUAUUUAAAAUUAAUUCUAAUGCCUUGGUAGGAUUCCCCACUCGACUCUUCACUGUUGGGUUCUAAUUAACAGUGCUGUUCCUAAAGUGGCGCAAGGAAACAGUAACAAGGCCUGUCUGUAGGGGUGUAGGAGUAUUAGAGUACUAAUACUCCUGCACAAUGGAGUAUUAGACUACUAGUACAAUCCAUAACCUACAUAGAACACUAGGCUAAUAACCUUAGAUGUUGAAGCCGUACACCAAAGAAAAAAAAAAUAGAAUUUCAGCUUAAGAUUUACUCAAAAGCAAAAAAACUCCUGCUAACGUACUGCAAAAGUUAUUAUGCGAUUAUCCAAUAAUAAAGCGGAUUUUGCAUAUUAGCUUAUAUCUCUUAUGUCUUAAAAAAACAGGAAGGACCUAUAAAUUACUAAUAUUCUUGUAUCUCCUGAAAAUUCGUUUUUUUUUUUGACAUGAUCAAUUGCAGUAUCAACGACGAUAAGUUACUUUUUGAAAUAGUAGAAUAGUUCCGACUGUAACCUUUGUAAAAAACAACAUAAUAUGCAGCCAAAGGAAUUCUCAUGUUCGCAAAUACUGUAUAGAUACUUUAAAAUUUAAAAUAGUUAACAGACACAACUUCGCUUUUGGAAAAUUUGGUAAAAGACAUUCCAUUUUUGGAUUUGCACAUCAAGGAACAUAAAUAUGUACCCCAGUAGUGAUAAGCAAUAUGGGACAGAUUUAGUCUCAAAUUCGGCUAUGGACUCUUUAGUUGAGUCUGAAAAUUGUAUCGUAAAUUCAGAGAUUGAAUCAGAGAGAUGCUGCAGAACAGAAUAUCCCUAUCAUAGAACUGAAUUUACAGAAGCAAAUUGCCAAUGAGGAAAGACAAAUAUCCUAUUUUUUACUGCUCUCAAUCUUAACAGAACCAGAAACUGUUGAAAUUCAAUAUCUAAAAAGAUCCCUACAGAAGUGGUCUUAAAAAUAUGGUUUGAAUUAAUUUAAACUCUCAAAUAUGACAGAUUAAGAAAAAUCAUCAACUAGUUUCGCCCAAUGCCCAACUGCAUCAACAGAAAGUUUUCUUUUAUCAGACAUAUCUAAUCUAGGGAUCAAUAAUAUCAGCAUUAUUGAAAUUUCUGAGAAAAACAUAAACCAAGGGUAUUCAGCGAGCGAAUGUGACAAAAAGGUUAUCUCUACCGAUAGAUCUUGUUUUUCUGAUGAAUUAACUGCAAAUGAUUCAGUAAAUAAGAGUGGGAUCCCUUUAAUUUGUUUUUCUGAUACAGAUAGUACAGAUUCAAACAUUCUUGGUACUGUCUCUCUAUUAAAAGAAAAUUUUAUAUUAAAUAAAUAUAGACCAUGUACAAAACAAGAUAAUAUGAAGCCAAAGGAAAUCUCAGAUAUUCGCAAAUAUUAUACAGGUACUUUAAAACAGAUUUUUCAAAAAUUUUCACUGUUCUCAGUCUUAACAGGACUAGAAAGUGUUGAAAUUCAAAAUCUAAAAAGACCCCUACAGGAAUAAGCCCAAAAAUAUGAUUUAAAUCAACCAGUUUCGCCCAAUGCUCAACUGCAUCAACAGAAAGUUUUCAUUUACCAGAAUAUAAUCAUGGGAUUAAUAAUAUUAGAAUUAUUGAAAUUCCUAACAGAUACACAAACCAAGAAUAUUCAGCAAGAGAAUGUGACAAAAAGAUUAUCUCUACUAAUAGAUCUUGUUCUUCUGAUGAAUUAACUGUAAAUGAUUCAGUAAUCAAUCAACGUGUUUUUCUGAUAGAGGUAGUAAAGAUUCAAACAUUUCUGGCGCCGUACCUCUAUUAAAAGAAGAUUACAUAUUAAAUUAACGUAAUUCUACCAAUUUAAUCUCUAAUGUUGGUAAAAGUCUCACUUUUGAGUGUUCUGUUGUCAGACAUGAAAUUAAAACGUUCUGGAACUGGCAUACAAACUUCUGAAACGAUAACUCCAGGUCGAACAGAUGAUAGUGGCUAGCACACAAUCCACUUGAGAAAACCGGAUAGUUACUAGUGGAACAAAAAGAGAAUAGAUAAAAUGGAGACAAAAAAAAACUAGCUACCACUAUUAGCCAGCUUGGAAGGAAGUAAAACAGCCUAAUGCUGUAAAUCUAUAAUGUAUGCCCCCAUCAAACAGUACAAUGGCACAAAAAAAGAAAGGUAAAUAGAUCUUGCCUGCAACCCUUCUAGCAUGAAAAAAGGAAAGGAGGCAUAGUCGGCCUCAGUCUUACCGCCACCAAACACGCCCCUUACGAGAAUAUCUUCACGUCCUAAAAACUUCAGCCCCCAAUUUUUUUCGAGAUCUCGAGAAAGGGGCCGAAUUGUUCCUUCGAUUUGAGGUAUUCCUUUAGAGUUGACUUAGUGUUUAAUAAAACUAUACUUAUAAAUGGUGGGGCUUCAAACUUGUCACUGCAUGUACGGUUUUUAAGUAUCUAAAAAGUUUUGGCAUGGCCCUCGUAAAACUUUUAAACAAACCUUUUUUUAGUUCACCAUUUUCUGCAAUUAUAAGCAUGGUUCUAAAAGUAACAAAUUGUCAUAUGUAUUAGUCAAUAAUCUCUAAAUUGUGAAAAUGUUUCUUAAAUUUUAAGAAGAAAUUUAUUGAAAGCAGUAUUAUCAUUGCAAAAAUAAAAAAAAAAUAACAAUAAAUAUUGAAAAUAAUUAAAUAUAAUAUUUUUCGAAAGUUUCCUUAAUAGGUAUAGACAGUCGUAUUUUUCAAAUAUUAAAAAAUAUGGCGGAUCACCAAUGUAGAUUAGAUUAUUGCACAUUUUGAUUGUAAAUAUUUAAAUAAAUGGAAAUGGUGCCACUUGCGUUAAUGGUACAUUUCUGAUACAUGUGGCAUGUUACUAGCUUACCAUUUGCGAGGGUAUACCAUUUAUUGCAUUAGAGAAAAAUUAAAAAAGUUAAUACCAAGAGACGUUCGAAACAAAAUGCAAACCAUGUCUUGCCGCCCUGUUGUAUGGGUAAAAUUAGCAAUCUGCCCAGAAAUGGACCUCCGCAACACAAGGAUACCACUUAAAAAACCCGAAUGCAAAAUUGCAGGAAGUACCAAAUACAGCAGAAUAAGAAAUUAUAAAUUAAGGAGUACAGUCAAAUAAAAUAUACAAAGUAUAAAUGAAAGAAACUAGAAGUAUAAUAGUUAGAGGGUAGGAUGGAUGCAAGACAAGAAUAUUCUGCUAUUCUGCUAGCCGCAUAUUAUUCUAGGCUGCUUAAGAAACGGCAAAACAUAAAAGAAAUGAAUAUUAUAUACCAGUAUAGAACAAACUGGAAGAAAUUGAUUCAUACGAUACAUAUUUGAGGCUCCAUUUGAGUCAACCACUUAGCAUUUUACACAUCACUGUUAAAAGUGUUCUAAUUAUUGUAUUAAUAAUUUCCUCUUAAAAUUGAUUUUAAUUAAUAUAUUUAAUCUAACCUAAAUCAAACAAACAUCUCUCAGAAUGUGUUGGCGUUCAUCAAUUGAUAUUUAUCUAUGUUGCGUCUAGUCUGAUUAGACUUGCUCUUUCUUUCACGUGGAACCAGUUUCUAAGGUUUUGAAACCAGUAAGGUGUAUAUCUAUUAAGACCUAUCUGUACACUUAUUUUCAAAACUUAAUAUAAAGAGCAACACAACCCUCUAAAUCUUGAAUUUUCUGGUACUACUUAUGCCAUCUCUUGCGAAGAAGACGUAAUUUUGAAAGUACUAUCAGCUAUAGUAAUUAUGGUAUAUAAUUUUGGACUAAUUUGUAUGAACUGUAUUUCUUUAUAGAUAGUAGCAUCUUUAGGUAUUGCUAUGGGUUAUUAAAUAACUAAAUAUUUUUUGUAAAAUUGUUAAUGGACUACUCAUUAAUGGUAUACCUCCAACAAUUCUUUACCAAGAUGUCGCUUAUGGUCAAGCUACUAGCAUACCACUCGCUGCCAUACUAGUUAAGCCUAUUGUGGUAAUAUUGUUCGCGUACCCCUUUAAACAAUUACAAGACCAAGUGGACUUUCUUUAAUAUUCAACAAUUUUCUUUGAAUCACCUUCAGCUUUUCUAUAUUAAAAAGAUAAUCUGUAUUUUUAUAUAAACAAGUUCUUUAAUGGAUAAUCUGGAAGUUUAAAUUAUCAACUAGUUUAGACCAAGGGAAGGCUAAUCUUUUGCGGGUGAUCAUUGCAGGACAAAUACAGCAUUUGAUGGUUGAAGAAUAUUUCGCUGAAAACAUCAACAUCAUCAGGGGACUAAGUUAUAGUUUCGGUCACUGGGCGUGGCUCUGAUCAGUUUUUGUACAAAAAAAGCUUUAUUUCAUUAAUUAUAGUAAAAUCAAAAUAUAAGAAAAUACAGAUUAUUAAAAAUCCUUAAAACUUUUUCAAAUUUCUUCUUUAAUAUAGGUAACAAAAAUAAACAAAAAAAAAAUAAAUCUAUUUCAAGCAGGCUUUAGAAAUCUAUAUUUUUAAAUUAAAUUAUGCAAUGGGUUCUAUAAAAAUUGAAAAAACUUCUCUUCUAUAUUUUUCGAUAAACAUACUUUUUAAUUCAAAUUUAACGCACAAGACGGAAGAAAUAACAUUAGUUCAGUUUCUAAAUUAAAAUUUAGUUUUUUUGACAGCAACUAAAACAUAUCCACACUGUAUAUUAUACCAAACGGGUUUUUAAUUUUGUAUCAUAUCACUG